GGACUUCCACCCUGACAUCAAACUCAAAGAAUUAAGGUGUGGAAGUGUAUCUCAUCAACAUCAUUAUAAUGGCAGUUGCAGCGGCUGCUCCACAGUUCUACUUGGACGAGAAAUGGAAGUUGUCAAAGAAAGAAGGAUCAAGGAGUUGUCGAUCUUCUACUUCAUCGACUUCUCCUCUGAUGAGAAAUUCGUCACAGAGAAGGUGUUCCUUCACUAGGAAAUGUUCGAGCUUGGUAAAAGAACAGAGAGCCAGGUUCUACAUCAUGCGUCGAUGUGUUACCAUGCUUAUCUGCUGGCGCGAUUAUGGUGAUUCUUGAUCUUUAAAGUUUGAAGGAGAC